AUGAUUACACCACUCCUGAAAAAGCCUAACCUGGAUCUGGGUGAUGUGAAUAACUAUAGAGUAAUAGCCGCCAUUACCUUCCUGGGCAAAGUGAUCAAAGAUGAGCGGAGCCUUUCCACAAAGCCCCCAGACUUACUUGAAUCACUCUCCUUCGCUAAUUUCCUGCUUGCUAUCAGUGCUAAAGCUCUGGCUCUGAAGCAUAUGAAGAAGACUGUGGUCCAAAUUCAACUCUUAGAGAAAGAAUCCAAUCAAAGCACCGAUCCUUCAGCUGUCCCAGAGGAGCAUAUGGAGGGUAAACUGUCCAGUAAUGACAAAGAAGAAACAUAUAGAAAAGAAAUGCCAUAUUGCACAGGAGAAAUUGACUUCAUGGCUUCUGGAAAGAAGCGGGGAAAGUUUAUUAAGGUCCCAUGUGCCAUCCAUCCUGGAGUUAUAUUUGAUGUCAUGAGUAACAAAUGGAAUCUUCCUGCUCCCAACCUGGUUGUCUCUUUAGUUGGAGAAGAAGAAAACUUCCAGAUGAAACCUUGGUUACGUGACACCUUAAGAAAAGGACUGGUCAAAGCUGCUCAAAGCACCGGUGCAUGGAUCUUCACAAGUGCCUUGCGUGUUGGAAUAACAAAACAUAUAGGACAAGCAGUCCAAGAUCACAGGCUGGCAAGUACUUCAUCCACAGUCAAAGUCAUUGCAAUAGGAAUAACUUCAUUGAAAAAAAUUCAGCAGAAAGAACUUCUGGAUAAUAUUAAGAAUGACAGUCUUAUAAGCUACAAAUGUGACUAUAACGCUGAAGGUCCUCUGUAUUCUCUUGACAACCAUCACUCCCAUUUCAUUUUGGUGGAUGAAAAAGAUCCAAAUGAACCAGAUGGGACAACAAGGUUACGUCUUACCUUGGAGAAACAUAUUUCGGAACAGCAUACUGGCUACGGAGGAACAGGAAGCAUUGAAAUCCCUGUACUCUGCUUACUUGUGAAUGGAAGGCCUCAUGUGCUGGAGCGAAUUUGCAGGGGAUUGGAAAAUUCCGCCCCCUGGCUCAUCUUGGCUGGAUCUGGUGGUGUGGCUGACAUCUUAGCUGCAGUAAUGAAUGAGCCCCACUUAAUUGUACCACAGCUGAUAGGAAAACUGUUAAAAGAGAAAUUACCCACAGAAGAUUUCUCAUGGAAGGACAUUCUUCAGUGGACUGAAGUAAUCCAAAGCAUUGUUGCCCAGCAGCAGCUUCUAACAGUGCAUAACUUUGAACAAGAAGGUUCCGAAGAACUGGAUACAGUCAUUUUGAAAGCUCUGGUUAAAGCCUGUAAGAGUCAUAGUCAGGAAGCACAAGAAUAUCUGGAUGAACUGAAGCUCGCUGUGGCCUGGAACAGAGUGGACAUAGCAAAGAGUGAAAUAUUUAAUGGAGAUGUUGAAUGGAAGUCAUGUGACCUGGAGGAAGUGAUGAUGGAUGCCCUGGUGAAUGAUAAGCCAGAAUUUGUCAAGUUGUUUGUCGAUAAUGGGGCCAACAUGUAUGACUUCCUGACAUACAGCCGGCUCCAGAGACUCUACUGUACUGUUUCGCCAAAGUGUCUCCUUUACACUCUUCUGCUUAAAAAACAUGAAGAAAACAGACUCACUUUGGCAGGGAUGAGUGGCCAACCGCACAAGGAAGUAGGGGACACUUGCCUGCUCUUUACUCUUCAUGAAGUUUCCAGGGUGCUGAAGGAUUUUCUUCAUGAUGCAUGUCGAGGCUUCUACCAAGACCCUAAGUCUGGAGGCAAGAAGAAAGGUGAUAAAAUACAUCCAAAAAGCCCCUUGGAUAUUAAUCAGAAAAGUGAAAAUCCUUGGAGAGACCUAUUCUUAUGGGCAGUGCUUCAAAAUCGGCACAAGAUGGCAUACUACUUCUGGGCUAUGGGCCAGGAAGGUGUAGCUGCAGCCCUGGCCGCUUGUAAAAUCCUCCGUGAGAUGUCCCACCUGGAGACAGAAGCUGAAGUAGUCCGCAGAAUGAAAGAAGCGAAAUAUGAACAGCUUGCUGUAGAACUGUUCAGCGAAUGCUACCACAAUAGUGAAGAUCGAGCAUUUGACCUGCUGGUGAGAAAAAACCGGUACUGGAGCAAAACUACUUGUCUCCACUUAGCCACGGAAGCAGAUACCAAGUCUUUCUUUGCUCAUGAUGGGGUGCAGGCUUUUCUGACAAAAAUUUGGUGGGGAGAUAUGGCAACAUCCACCCCAAUCUUGAAGCUGAUCUGUGGAUUCGCAUGCCCUCUCCUGAUCUACACGAAUUUGAUAUCAUUUCGUGAGGAAACACAAUUGAUGCAGGGAGCAGAGUCAUUAAAAGACCUUGACAAUCCAGAUACUGAAAGAACAUUGCUUUUUCCCAAGGAAGCAGAGAGGGGAGAUACUGAAUUAGAAACACAACUUGCUUCUGGAAAUGCAGUUUGUGCAACACUUUUGUUUACACGAUGGAAAAAAUUCUGGAUGGCUCCAGUUACAGUAUUUAUGGGGAAUGUUAUUAUGUACUUUGCUUUUCUGUUUCUGUUUGCCUGUGUCCUCUUAGUGUAUUUUAAACCACCUCCACCUAAAGGUCCAUCCAUCCAAGAGAUUGUACUCUACUUUUGGGUUUUUACAUUGGUCUUGGAAGAAAUCCGACAGAGUUUUUUCACUGAUGAAGAUACGAAUUUAAUGAAAAAAUUCAAACUCUAUGUAGAAGAUAAUUGGAACAAGUGUGAUAUGGUGGCCAUCUUCUUGUUCAUCAUUGGAGUCACCUGCAGAAUGUUUAAUUCAACUUUUCAAGAUGGUCGCACAAUACUAGCUAUUGAUUUUAUGGUGUUCACUCUCAGACUGAUCCACAUUUUUGCCAUUCAUAAGCAAUUGGGUCCAAAGAUUAUCAUUGUGGAAAGAAUGAUGAAGGAUGUGUUCUUCUUUCUCUUUUUCCUGGGUGUGUGGCUCAUUGCCUAUGGUGUGACCACACAAGCUUUGCUCCAUCCUAAGGACAACCGAGCAGAAUGGAUCUUCAGAAGGGUGCUCUAUCGACCCUAUCUUCAAAUAUUUGGACAGAUUCCACUAGAUGAAAUAGAUUCCUCUCGGAUGAAUUCAAGAAACUGCACAUACAGGCUGGUGGAGAGCCAUGCGGAGGAUGUGUCAUGCCCUAAUCUCUAUGCUAACUGGCUCGUCAUACUUCUCUUGGCUAUUUUCCUACUGGUUACAAAUGUUCUGCUUAUGAAUCUCUUGAUAGCCAUGUUCAGUUACACUUUUCAGGUUGUUCAGGGAAAUGCAGACAUCUUCUGGAAAUUUCAGCGUUACAACCUGAUUGUUGAAUACCAUGGUCGCCCUGCAUUUGCCCCUCCUUUUAUCAUUAUUGACCACAUUCAACUUUUUCUUAGACGAGUCUUUAAGAAAAUGGAGCCCAAAAAGGAGCAUCUGGAAAGAAAUCUGCCAGAAGGUCUAGAUCAGAAAAUCAUAACCUGGGAGAUGUUACAAAAAGAAAACUACCUGGCAAAUUUGGAAACCAAGAAAAAAGAAAGCAAUGAAGAAAGGCUAAAAAAAAUGUCAGACAAGAUGAACCAUCUUUCAAAGUAUUUCAUUGGUCUGAAAGAACAAGAAAAACGGCUCGGAUCUUUGGAAUCACAAAUCAACUACUGCACAAUUAUCCUUUCCUCAAUGGCAGACACCGUAAUGAAAAACAGUUUCGUUUGCAACAGACCAGCUCUGAAUCAUGCAGGUGAGUAAGGUGCUGACAGUGAUUUAAAAAAGAAAUGGUUGAAAUUUUUGAAAAAUGGUAGAGAAGUAAAAGACAAUAUAGUGCGGUCCACAAAAAGCAAAGAAAUGGCAAUUUGCCACCCUAGAGUCUGCCAGAACCAUAGCAAGAGGACAAAGUCCUUUGCUUUUUCAAGACAAAGAUGGCAUUUGUUAUAGUAGAGAGCCAGUGUGUAAUGGCAACGACACAGACAGCCCAGGCGCCUUCCAUAGGCACAGCUGUGAACUUGUUAGGUAACCUCCAGCCACCUGGUCUUUCUUCACCUCAACCUUUCCAUCCAAAAAUGUGGAAGAGCAAUACUGGUAGGCUCUAUGGUAUUAUGUGCAGCUGAGAAGCUCACUGGGUGAUCCGGGGCCAGUUGCUUUCUCACAGCUUCUCCUAUUCCCUAGGCUUCUUAGGGGGAAAAUGGACAAGCGGCAACUGGAUUACCCCACUGAGUUCCUCACAGGAAAGGAACAUAUGAAUAAAGCAACAUUUAAGAGGCUUCAUUGAUAUUGCAUGUUUCAUCCAGUGGGCUCAAACUGGUACACAGCACAUUCUCUCCCAGUCUCUGCAUCAGGGCUCGAACCAAGCUCAGAGGCCCUUGCUUCAGCAGUUUCUGUAAAAAGUGCCCUCAGGCUAUGCCCAGGGAAUGUUCAUAGUGGAAACAGCAUUAGCAGCAUUUAUUCAUUAUUCCUUUUAUAUCCAACCUUUUUAGCACUUGUAAAGAAUGCAAGGCAGAGCCUACAUGAUCCUGCUUGUCCUUUUUAUCCACAAAAUGACCCUGUUAGGCUCAGAGUCAGUGACUGGCCCAAAGUCAUCCAAAGAGCUUCAUUGCCAAGUGAGGGCUAGAGCCUGGCUCACUAGAGUUCCAGUCCAACACACGCACCAGUAUGCCACACUGGCUCUCUAAUAGGUCUGUUGGAACCUUAUCCCCUGGCCCUCAAAAGUGUUCCAGCAUCACCAAUAUAGUCCAUUUGCUAGUGGAUCCAGGCUUUGCUGAGUUAAUGCCUGAAUAAGGGCAUUCCCUUCAGUUCAGUUUUGGAGCUGCUGUCCACAUGCAGGAUGGGAUGCAGAUGGAGUUACGUGAUGUUGCGGUAAAUAAAGCCACUCCUGCUCAGCCAUGAGGUCAGCCUUAUACAAUCUCGUGCUAUCCAGAUGUGUUGGCCUGCAGCUCACACCACACAGGUACAUUAUGGCUGCUGCUGGUGGGAGUUACAGUUCAGCCCAUUUGGACAGC